AUGUUACCGGUGUACGUCACCUCCCUCAAGCUACUCUUCCUUGUAGCAAUAUUCAGUAAAACAAGUGGGUUUUACAUAACAUCUCCGGCUAACUAUGCCAGUCUUCCAAAACAGAGGCCGUUAUUCGCCUCUAAAAAUCAGUUAAAGGGUGCUCGAAAGUUUUCCAGGAAUCGCCCGAAGAAGAAACGUCCUUCUGCAGUUUAUCCUUCGCCAACUUUGUACUAUGGUAAUGUUCAGGAUUAUUUUGGAGCUCCCCCUGAAUAUUUAGCUGUUCCUGUCGACUCCACUUUGAAUCUUUUGAGAAAUGGACCAUUACACGAGCUUCUCUCGAUUUUGCACAAGGGAACAACUGGUCAAGAACUCUCAAAGAUACUUUCUACCGGGUCUUUCCGUUUGGAUCUCUCUAAAGAACUGGGACAGCUAAAGACUAUCGCGAAGACAAUGUCUUGCGACGUUACUUCUGACCUCGUUAUCUAUCUGGAACGUAUAAUUAACUCUCCGGAACAACAUGAACACUUUAUAGAUCGUUUUUAUACUCUAAAUCGCUUGCAUACGUUUUGGGAAUUGAGAGAGACAAAUAGAUACAAUAGGAUGCUCAAGCGAAUAUUUCUAAGGUUGCGUAGCAUCGCAUUUAAAAUGAAAAAUGUAGGAAUCCCGCUGAAAGAUUUUACUACUCCUGAACUAUGGCAUAAGUAUGGAGUGUUCAAGACUCUUCCAAACAAUACCAUGGUAGAUAAUUAUCUUUCUAAACACAGAGUGGCGCUAAAGUGCAAUAUAAAGGGACUGUAUUUCAGAAAUCGUGAAACCAAUAAAAUAUCUUCAAAAUUUGAUGACCCUGAUUUCAUAUCAACAAUAUGCUCUGGAGAAGGUACUUCCGAAGUUGUCUGUGAUGAGGAAGAUAUAGAACCAGAGAAUCACUUAUCUCCGGAAUAUAUAGAACGGAUUACAAUGGAUUUAAAGGAUUUAAAACUUUUAUCUGAUGACUGUACGAAAUUAAACAUGUCGCGUGUAGAUGAAUUACAGAGGGAUUUAGACACUUUAGACUCUCAAAAGGCAUAUGCUAUUAGGGAUUACUAUCUUUCUUGGAAGUAUUCUGAUUAUUCCGUAGUAUCAUCUCCAUAUAUACUGGAGUCGUUUGUCGAUCAUAGAUAUAGAACAAAGACACUAGAGCGAGAUUUGCUUGUAAAAUAUAAGGGUUGGUUACGACACGGUGCUCCAAGACACAAACCAAAACCUAUGAAUUUGAAAUAUCGUCAUUUGGCUAUCUGGCAUGGUUUAUCUAAAAACAAGAGACGGUUCCUAGCUAGGGAAUAUGUUCGCACUUUAACCACUAAAUAA